AUGGCUCCUUCAAUCAAUAAUCUCCCCACUAAUGUACUGCUUGAAAUCCUUUACAAGCUUCCGCAAAAUCUGAUCCAUCGAUGCAAAAGCGUUUGCAAGCUCUGGUUGUCUCUCGUCUCUCGACCAUGUUUUCCUGCUCAGUAUCUGCUUCGAACUGAACUCACGCCCCCACCAAACCCGACCGUAUACUUUUUUAUGUAUCGCUCUACGAAUUUCACAACUUUUCCUCUCAGACACGCUACCUAUGAUGAUCACCACAAAUCAUGGUCCCUAGACUCCCCCGCCCUUUCCUUUGCCUUUCUUCCGCUGCCCGAACCAGCUCCUCGGCUUCUAUGCACCAGCAACGGCCUAGCCUUGUGCACAACAAGCUACGACUGCGAGUGUGUUUACUAUGUGUGCAACCCCAUUACUAAACAUUGGCUCACCCUUCCGCCUCCGCCCACGUGCACCACUUUUGCAUUAGUAGGACUUGUUUCUUAUGGUCAUCACUUCAAGGUGGUGAGGCUGGUCAGUCCUUGCACCUAUACCUACAGAAUGACCCGAAUAAUUACGAGCUCCUUCAACGCAGAGACAUUUGAUUCUCGGACUAAUCUGUGGAAGGUGUCGCCAUUGAUAACCAUCCCGCGCCCUGUUUUGUUCUGUAAACCCACUAAUGUCGUCGAAUAUAAAGGGAUUUUGUACUGGGAUAGCACCAAAAUUGACCUUACUGCCUCUACAAUUAUGUCAUUUGAUCCGAAUCUGGAGAAAUUCACUUUGACACAAGUGCUUGAAUACAGGACUAGUUAUCGGGGUGCUAGCGCCACUGGAGUGAGCCGUUCAGGUGAGGGGCUGUAUCAUGUGCAUAUGAAGAAAGAGCCUGACUGGUCAGCUGUUAAUUGGCGAAUUUGGAGACUAGUUGAUGAUGAUGAUGAAUGGUGCUUGGAGCAUACAGUUAAAACCAAAGACAUGAAUCUGAUGGUAGAUGGCAACUGCAUUACUCCAGAUUACGGGUUUUACAUGCUGGCUAUAGACCCUAUUGACCCAAAUGUCUUGUAUUUCCAUAUCAGACAUCUAUUUGAACCCCGUCUCGAUUCUGGUAUUAUCUCACUCAACAUAAAGACGGGAAGAGCGAAUUCGGUGCAUUUCCCUUACUAUGGGCAUGAUUUGCAACCAAUUAUUUUUGAAUAUCGGGAGCUCAUGGCCAUUCCGUUUGUGACACCGAGGUGGCCUACGUCCCUUCCAAAGAUGCAUCACAAGGAGUAG